AAGAGGAAGGGGACGCCGGUGAAGGUGUGUGAAAGAGCGGUGUAUGUGACGGAGGACGAGGAGGAGAGUCUGUCUGAACACAGUUACAGCCCAGGGGAUGAGCAGUACGCAGAGGGAGCUGGAGACGCUCUUCCUCCGCCGGGAAGCCCAUACUACCUCACCGACCCGGCACAGCUCUGCAGUGUGCCAGAGCUGGCUGAAGAGGGCGCUAGCGGCGUCCGCGGCCCUGUACUCUUCCACCCCCCGCCCAACUGCAGGAUUAGAGAGGUGCAUUGUGGGAGUCAGGUCCGGCUCGUCGUCAUAGCCAUUCGAGACAUUGCCAAAGGAGAGGAGAUCACAGUGGACUACAGCCUGACCGACUGGGGAGAAAAUGCCAUGGGCUUUCAUACUUCCGUUUCCCCACAUGGGUUUGAAUGUGGAUUCAACCCAGAGAGCAACAUCAAGAAGGAGGAGGAGCCGGGUUCACUCCCAAUGUCUCUCAGUGUUUCUGACUACCUCACUCCGUCAUGGUCCCUGUCUCCCUCCUCCUCUCCGCUGUCUCACUCCGAGGCCAGCGACUCCGACCGAGAGGAGGAGGAGGAUGACGAUGAUGAUGAUGACGAAGAGGACCUGGAGGACCUGCGGGGCUGCAUGAUGAGACGCCGUAAGAAAUGCAAAACCUCGGCGACCGUCAAGAAAAAAGCCCAGCCAGGCCCCUUGUCCUUCACAUGCCCCGCCCCCUCCUCGCCGCCGCCCUUCCAGCAGCCUCUAGCCCCGCCCACCACCAACAUAAACAAUAACAUAAACAUAAACAUCGGCGCGAGCGGCACGCUGUCCCGCAGACAGCACUGUCCCUACUGCGGCCGUCACUUCCGCUCGCUCGCUAGGCACCUGGAGAAACACCACGAGCAGCAGCCCGAGGUCCGAGCCGCCAUGGAGCUGUCGCAGCUCCCCAAUCAAGACGCCUCCUCGCACCCCUUCUCCUCUCCCGCUCAGCCAUCGGCCGCCCUGGGAACAACCUCCCUGUUCUCCCGCGAGCGAGACGCUUUGUCCUCGCCUCCCAAAUCAGGAGGCGUCUCUUUCUCGCUCUCGCUGUCUCCUCCCCCCGCCUCCAGCUCCUCGAAGAAGAGCUCGGCGAUGAUGGUGACGCCUAGGAAGGGCACUAAGAAGAGCCCCGGCGCCUCACCCAAGCCUCCCGCCCGCAGGGGACGGCCGCCGAAGAAGCAGAAGGAACUGCAGCUGAAGAAGCAGGAGGAGGCCGAGCGAGCGAAAGAGGAGGCGCCUGGGAAACAGGAGGAGCAGGAGUUUGACACGAGGGGAGACGCAAGCGCAGAACAGAAGAACGGAGAGAUGGCCAGCCCUGGGCGCUCUCACAUGCCUCCUCUGCUGUCGUCGCUCUCCACGCUGGUGCUGUAUCUCCGGCGGCAGCAGCACUCCUCGUUCCUGUCUCUGUCGCGCGCUCCUCCGUCCGCCGAGGCCUGGCGUCUGCUCUGCCACUCCAGCCUGGCCCUGCUGAUCCUCUACAACCGGCACCGCGAGUGUGAGGUGGCCAAGCUCACGCUGCAGGACUACCACAGGCGCGCUGCUCCCUCCUCUCCCUCGCUCGACUCCUCGCUCUCCCCGUUCGAGCGCGCCGUCCUCGGCCAGCUCCCGCGUGUUAGCGUGCUGGGCAAACGCGGCCGCCUCCAGCCGCUCAUCCUUCCUCCGCACUCGGAGGCGUGUCUGGAUCUGCUCCUGGAGACGUCUGCAGAUGUGGGCGUGGAUCCCCAGAGCCCCUAUGUGUUCUCCCGGCCGUAUCACUCCCCGGCCACGGCGCUGCGCGGUACCGACCUGCUGCGGAGCCUGGCACGCUCUAGCGGCGCUAAGAACCCUGCGACGCUCACCGCCCCCCGCGCGCGGCGACAGGUGGCCAUCCUGACCCAGCUGCUGCUGCUGGAGGAGGGAGAGCGCGCCGCCAAACGCCUGGAGGACUUCCUGCAGAGGGAGUAUCACGUGACCCAGAGCUGCGCUCGGAUUGGCCAGGACCCGGCGCUGAUGAACCGCGUGGGGAGAGUGGUUCUCUACGGAGAGAGAGAGGGAGUGCUGUUCAGAGGAAUGAGCCUGCAGCACAUCUGCCUCGAGCUGGACGUGAUGUCGGGGAAGUCUGGCGACUCUUUCUCUGAUGACUCUGAUGCAGAGGCCAGUAAGAGUAAACUCAGAGCCGUCGCUGGGAAGAAGGAAGGGCCGAGGAAUCGAGCGCAGCGGCCGAAGAAGAGCAGCGGCCCUCAGCAGUCCACGGCACACAAGAGACGCAGCGCUCAGGUCAAAUCAGGGAAGCGCGGCGUGCUGAAGCGGCCGUGGUCGGAGGCGGAGCGAGUCGCCGUGGAGACGCACCUGAAGAGGAACAUCAUGGAGCUGCGUGUUCCUGCGAAAGCGGACUGUGAGCGAUGCCUGCAGCUCUGCCCUCUGCUGGUCAGUAACCAGCGCGACUGGAGAGCCAUCAAGUUCUACUGCCACAACCGCAUCCAGCUCCUGAAGAAACAGGGACGCAGAGACGGGAACACCGCCUCUGCUGCUGCUGUCUGCUAACCACAGUAACACACACACAGAGACACACACACACACACACACACACACAGAGACACACACACACACACACACAGAGACACACAGAUGUUGUGUCUUGUUUGAUAACUGUUCUUCUAAGCUAGCACACAGUGCAGUCACACACACUUCCCACAUUCCCCGUGUGUGUGUCUCUCGGACCAUGUCUCUGUCAAACUAAGGAACUGUUUCACACGCCGGUGUUCAGACUCGAUGAACUGAUGCAGGUUUGGUGACGCUACUGCGUGACUCUCUCUAUGGACUGUUUUUACGUGACUGGCCUCAUUCGUUUGGUGCAGUUUGGCUGUGAUGGAUCCGGACUGGUUUUUCUGGAGCUGUGUAAACAGCGUUGGAUAAUUCGAGGUCAGUCUUACCUCACGCGCCUGGAGUCUGACAGACAUCAGUCUGCACCUCUGGAGAGCUGCUCUGUCAUCAGAAUCAAUCUCACAAACAACACGUCCAGAUCAUUAUUCACACUCACAUCAACAGAAAAUACAGGAAAUCAUAUUUUGCAUAAAGAUAAUGAUGCCUGGUUAUAUUAUCCUUUUUGCUUUUUCUAUUUAUCUUUUUUUUUUUUUACAUUACCGGUAAUAUCGGCAGGGCUUUUCUGUGGAAGGUUGUUUCCGCCACAUGAUAAAAACACUUUUUUUUUUUCCCUCAAAAAACAGAUUUUUUUCUUUUUUAAUUCUUAAAUUCUUAUUUUUUUUAGGUAACCAUUGGCUAACCUCAAAUGAGCAAAAUCAUCUUUGGAGAUCAGUGGCGUUUCACUCCGUCGGACUUUAUGUUGCUCCUCUGUGCCGAUGCGAACACGAGUGGGUGUUGUUUUUGUGAAAUCUCUGGCGUCAGACUGUUGAAGAAGCUCCUCGCUCGCUCUCCUGCACAGUCGUCUGAUCUCUGGUCUGUGUGCAGUGACGUAUCGUAACAUGAUAUUAGCCGUUAGUGUUUCACUGCGUGAUGAUGUACAUUCUGUAAAUACGACUGAAAGUGCUACGCUUUAAAGUUGUUUUCUUAAUGCUGUUGUAAAGCUUUAUCAGAUUUUAGAGAGACGAAAUCUUGACAAACAGAGCUUAAUGUCACGCUGCAAAGAAAACCUUUGAAUUUCAGACGGUCAUGUCUUUUUAUUAAAUUACAAACACAUGGAAACAUCAGUCGUGUGUAUCUGGAUGUCAUUUAUGAUUCAUACUUCUUACACAGCACAAGCUCACGUGCUGCAGGACUGAAAGUUAUCAGUCAUCAAUGCUAAAUAACCUCAUUUUUGGCAUUUUGGUUUUUUUACUAUAUUUUACUUCAUGGGAAUGGUGUGAAGCUUGGUAAAGGUUUUUGCGCUUGCUAUGUGAACAUACGUACACACGAGGACAUGGUUUGAAAAGGUAAACUGGUCUAAGUUAUUUCAGCAGAUUCCCGAACACAAGUGAGAUUUAUGUUCUCGCGAGUUCCUCUGAUGAACACUAGAUGGAGCCACAGAAUCAUGUUCCCAUCAGUCAGCUGUGAGCGUUGAGUAUACUGUACCAGUCGUGUGCAGUAUAUAUUCAGUAUGCAAACUCGGUGUGUGAAUUUGCUUCAUGAAGUGCUCUGAUUUAACAGGCUGAGUCCCACAAUGCAACACUCCAUUUCCAGUGAAGAAGGAACCGGAUGAACACUUGUUACUUGAUCAGACCCAAAAUUGGAUUAAAAAUGCAAAAUAGCUGAAUUUGUAAUGAUUUCAUGCAGCAGCAGUGUGAUUAUCAAAGAUGACUGACAUAAUACAGCUCUAGAUUUAUAGAUGUGUGUAUCUGGGUGUCUUGUUUUGUGGAAUAAUCUCAGACUUUGCAUUUCACAUCACUGUGUCUUUUAUUAAAAUAACAAAUAAAGCCAACUAAUGUAGUGUUUCAUAAAAUACAUGCAUUAAUAAAGAUCAGAGCAGUUACCGAUCUCAUGUCUAACAGCACCAAAACACACUUGAUCCCAACACGAGUAAGCAAGCAGAGACACAUGCAUGUAU